UGAAAAGUUCGUCUGUGAAAAACCCAAUUUCUUUUUUUUUUUUUUCAUUCCGUACCUUUCUUUCCUUUCCUCAUCACUUUUUUUUUUUCCUGAUCUAGAUUGAUUGGAAUCUUACUCACCUCUCCCUUGGACGAUUACUUGACAAUCUUACCAAUGGUCUCCUUACCAUUUUGCAAAGAUGCCCUUGCACAUCUGUUGUAAUGGUCUAUUGCUUCUGUCUCUGCUUCCAGCAACUUCUCAUGUCUUCUCUUUCUAUGGAGUAUUCCCGUGCUCUCAUUGUCUUAUCCGCCUUCUACCUCUUCUUUUUUUACUUUUAUUCGUUAUUAUAUAUAUUUACGUGAAUGUAAGCAGGCGCUUAUACAACCGGAUCUUAUGGAUGGAUACGUAGCAGAGUCAAUUGGAUGAACGUACAAUAAGGUCAACGAAAUGGUUUGGCAACAGGAUUCGACUGGACAAGAAAAGAAAGCCAAUUGUGCAAAGGUGUUUUCUUUUUUUUUUGGGGGGGGGCUUCUCUCUCCAUUUAAUUCUUAUCGCGACGAUUUUCUUAUGGGUUGUUAGUGUUAGCUUUGUUGGUGUUUAUAUUAUUUGUAGUUUAUUCUCUCUUUAUAUCCUUAUUUAAUAAAGCUAUAUUCAUGUUGUCUUACUUCCACUAUCA